AUGCCUUUCCACACGCUCACAAACCCGCUUGAGCACCUCGCGCGCUGGCGCCACAUCUCGCUCUCAGUGCUCGCCUAUGCAAUCACCAUUCUGCCCGCCACCGCCCUCCUCUACCCAUCUUUCUGGACCGAGGCAGGGAUCGAAGGCAUCCUGCUCGCGGGCACCGUCUUCGUGAUCCUCCAAGAUGCAGUGUGGUUCGCCACUUGCGGUCCGCGCGAGUACUACCACUACCUCCAUCACCACCAUCACCUCCUCCCCCUCCUUUUCCGCUUGCUGCACAGCAAUAAUAACAAUAACAACAAUGACAACCACCACCACCACCACCACAGCAAGAAUAAUAAUAAUAACAACAACAAUAAUAACAACAAGAACGCACCCGACAUACCACCGCCGCGACUUGAUUGGAUUACCACCAUGACGAUGGCCGCCCACGCCGGCCUCUUCCUAAUCCAGUUGUGUCUGCUCGCGUUCCCGGCCCGGCUGCUCGCCAACCUUGUCCUGCCGGGCGGCGCCGACUCGCCGCAUGCCGGGAAGGUGGCAGGGCUGAUUCAUUGCCUCGGGGUCUUUGUCGGCUUGGAGGUUCUGUGCUGCAAUGUCAUGCUCGGCCGCGACAUGGAGGGGAACGGUGGUAGUGGUGGUAGUGGUGCUGGUGGUGGUGGUGGAUCGCCUAAAGCGAAGAAGAAGAAUAAGAAGAACAAGAGGAAUAAGGAGAAGCAGCAGCAGAAGGUGCAGGCGGAACAUGAAGAAGUGGAAGCGGAGGCUUUGGUGAAAGGGACGCUGGAUAGAUUGGGUGGCAGCCUCCCCGAGGGAUGGUCCAGGGUGCCGUGUGAUGUCUGGGUGGCGCCGAAGGCGUGA